UGUCAUUCUCAAAACUUUUGUCCACGACUGUACAGCGAUUAGUGUGCAUAAAUGUUACAAUACUUCCAAGUCCUCUCACCAUUUUUUUCUUACGGUGAACGUUUGUUGAAGGCGUCAUUCAAAUCCUGAUUUGACAACUGUUUUGUCGCUCACGUUCCUGCGGCGCAGCCCUGUAUCUCCUUCCCAUCUUCCAGCGAAACAAUUUCUAAGGAGCAUCGCAACACCUCUGCAAAGCACAUUAUGGACUUUACUGGAAACAUUUUAAUACAUCGAAACAUAUCAAAGAAGACAAGGGUGGCACACACUGAAAAUACAAUUUCUAUGUACCUUUUCCCUUCAUAGCUUAUGGAGCGAAAGCGAACUUUCAGUGGAUUUUAUGUCUUCUCCAGGCAGCCCUGACGUGGUCUCAAUGAAGAAAGAGAGAGGAGCCACUUACCAGUAUCUCAAAACACUAUCUGGAUUGUGGGAGGCAGAGAACGAGAGAGGAGAGGGAGGAAUGGAGAGAGGGAUUAGAAGCUAAUCCAGGACACGGCCAAUCCCAGAGGAGCUCCUUUUCUUCCAAGACGCAGACAAAACAGUCGCACGGAUUACUGCACUUUAGUGUAUUGCCUUUUUUUAAAAAAAAGCAUUAUCCCUUUUGUAUGGUGUUUCAUUGCCCCUAAAUGCCUGGUGUCCCGGGCCUGUGGUAAAUUUCCUGAACUCUACAACAAAGGAUAAAAGAAGACAACAGUCCCGGUGAGAGGGGAGCGAAGUGACAGGAUGUCCCAUGGACUGUGUGGUGCCACACGCAGAUAAAGCGCUUUAGUGGAGACGACAUGUGUGAACGGACCCCCUGCUCUUUCUGCUGGGUCUCAGAGGGACUGAAAGCUGACCACCCCUGUGGACGGUACAUUCAAGAUCAAACUUCUAUGAGGGAAUACUAAAACGACUGAGUGACUAGUGAGUGACAGGUUGGAGAUAUUUUCGUUGUUGAUUACAGGGGACUAUAAGGUGAGGUUGCUUUCAAAGCAGGAUUACAAAUUAGUUUCUGGAAACACUUAAUGUAUCUGAAGGGAAGAAGGACUUGAUUGAGGAGACUUGCGGCAGCCUAGAAACCUCCAUCAUUAACUGGAAGGAUCUGAGUUGUCAGUUAAGUGAUUAAGUAUCAAGUGUGUGUUUUGGUAUUUGAGUGCAGUGUGUUCAUGUGUGUAGGUGCAUUAGAGAAGAUUAUUAGCUGACAAUCAAAGGUGUCAGCCUAUUGAGUCAAUCCUCAAUAAGCCAUAUCUAAAGUGACCUGGUUGGUGAGAGAGUUGUUGUCUUGGUGUUGUCUUGGUGUUGAAGCCUGUAGUGGUGAGAAGAGAAAGCACUGGGUGAGAGUGAAGUGGUAAAUAAAGGGUGUUUUAAAGCUGACAUAAUCCCAUUACAGUUCCUUAACAAGUUAUUUAUAAUCUCCAACAAGUUUAUUGGACAGAGCACACAGGGCCAAGCAGCUUAAACAUAACCACUUUCAGAUGUAUAACACAGCCUAACUCCUAUCUACUGUACUGUGCCAAGUUGCAAAGGAAUUUUAACUAGGUUUACAGAAAACAUAAAUAUUUCUUCUCAUUUUAGGAGGAUCUCGUAAACCUCUGGCAAGCUGAUUGGUGUCUAGACGGGUGGGAUGUUGGUUAACUGUUUGUUAACAAGACCUUGGAUGGUUUUCACAGAAAGGGGUCUCUAAGUAACACUGCUGGCUGUCCAGCCUUGACAGAAGACAUUGGUGCUCAUUUUAAAGGAGGUAGGUAUAGACUUCAGUUUGGACUGAUCCUAAAAAGAGAAGAACAAGAAUAUUAUUUUUGUAAAGCCUCAUUGCUUAACUUUGAGAGGGAAGUUUAAGGACCUGUAUAUUUUUGUUGCUGAAGGGAAAGGUGCAUUUAAAUGACCUAAUUAUAGAAAUUGUUGUGCACGUCUAAGAUUGAUUUAGCUCUAGAAACGUUCACAGGUAUGAGCUUGCCAACAGAGAGAGCAUGGUAGUUAUAUUGUUAGUGUUCACAAGCAGAAACACAAGUUCAAAAUAACAGUCAGGCACUACUUCAAUCCACAAAGAGUGAAAUGUAUUUUGUCUGACAAAAUAUGAGCAUCUCUUAGUAUUCUCUCUCUUUCACUGCACAAAUACUGGAUGAGUUAUCUUUAACUGUCAGUAUAUAUUUGGAGCUGCAAGUGGAUAUAUUUUCUGAAUUGACAUUCAAAAACCCACCGUCUGGGAAAAGACCAGUGGAUCCCAAGCUCAGACCACAUAGGCUGUGGUUAUUCCAGAAUCCCUGGGAUGUGUCAUUCCUCCUCUUUUUAUUCCUCAUGACUAAAAGCUGCUGGGAAGGAGGACAGGAUUUCUUUGAGGCUGGAGUCAUUCUAAAGCACAGAAUUGGCCCUGAGAGAGAAAGCUUUGAAUGUUGACUGACUCCAUAGAUAACCAUCAUUCAACUGAAAACUUCAGUGGGACUUCCUACAGCCAAACUGCAGGUUUACGCUCAAUGAAUAGCUGGCACUUGCUGCCGUGUGGAGAAUGUAUUCCACACACUUUCUCAGCACAUACUUUGUGUUUUUCUUUUUUUUAAAGAUCCAGAAAGUUGUUUAAGUGUCUUUUAACACUCAUUUUACAUUGGAAAAGUUGACUGAUUUCUUACUGGAUUUUUAAUCCCCCUGAUUAAUUAUAUUUAAAGGGUAGUCAUCUCUGCUACCAUGAGUCUGGGAAAACUGCCAGGGAUUAAAGGCCUAGCGUCGGGCUCUCAGGGGAAAAGGCGCUUUAAGAGCGAACUCUCCGUGGACAUGAUCAGCCCACCGCUCCCAGAUUUUCGCCACACCAUGCACGUGGGCCGCGGCGGCGAUGUGUUCGGAGACACCUCCUUCCUUAGCAACCAUGGGGGCAAAGGGGAACCAGCGAGCCCCGAUUCACCCACCAGCAGCACGAAGACCACCCGCUUCUUCUCCCGCACCCUGAGGCAUGUACGCAGGUCCCCUGUGCCCCGUGCCAGGAUCGGUUCCCGUGACCUUUCACCCCCACCGCCUCCUGUCUCACCCAUCAUCAAGAACGCCAUCUCACUGCCCCAGCUGAACAUUGACAUGCCCAACGGCUACCAGAGGGUGCUGUUCCCCAGCUCAGUGAGCUCCCCAGAUACCUCCCUCUACAGCUACGGUCUGCAGUCUGGUUUCGUAACACUACCCCGCCACUCCCGCCUUGAUAAACAGCUGCAGGACGGCACCGGACUGUUCGCUCAGGACUAUCACUGUGGCUCGCUCCCUGACAACGACGGCUUCGCGCUAACGCGCUCCGACUCCUUCACCUCGUUCACAGUGGACCUUGGCCCCUCUCUCAUGAGUGAGGUUCUGGGCAUGAUUGACAGCCCCAGUUGCCUCAGUAUGCCCAAUCACAGCUGGGAGUUGGGGGAAGAGGAGGAAGAGGAGGAGCAGAGCUCUGUGUUUGAGCUGGCUGUGCAGAGCCCCAUGCUAAGCUCAUCAAACCCUUCCAUGUCAAGCACUCCGCUCAAAGUGAAUGUGAACAACAGGGGGCGCUCUUGCAGCUCAGAGUGGGCAGAGGGAGAGGAGGAGGAUGAGAGGUCUCUUAAGACGCCAGACGCAUCUAUGCGGUCUCCUACACAGGUAGAACCAGUUAUGGAAGCUGAGAGGUUCCAGAGGGCAGCUGAUGUGCUGGCGCGUCACUACGGGGGAGGCUCCUUCUCCAGGAGUCAUCGCAGCGAUUCUGCCUCCUCCUCCUCCUCCUCCCCCCUCAGCCAGCCUAAAGCCCCUUACGCCUUCCCUGAGGAAGAGGAGAUCAAAGUCUGAAACAUUUACCAAAUGUCUAUCAUUGUGAGGAGAAGAACCCUUUUGAUCAUUAGACUACUUACUGGGUGACUGGUUCUGAAUCCUUGCACUCAAGACCUUCAGAGGGAUCCAUGUUUUUCAAUAAACCUUUUACAUGAAUGAUUUGAAUUGAAAAGCUCCUCCUCAUAAUGAUAAGAGCUCUCGUCUACCAUCUAACAACUGGAU